ACAGCUCUCCCCGCAGCAGCUCUCAGUCAGCCCGCCACGAAUCCACCGAUAGCGGCUCUGAUGAUUAGGUGCGAAACACUCCCAUGGCGGCUCACCAUCCAUCCCUCAGAAAACACCACGUCCGUCGUCACCGUGAGCGACGUCCUCGAGCAGCUAUACCGCUUUUUCCGCCGCGGUGCCACCGCCGAGGAAUACAAGGCUCUGCCAUCGCAGGCACACCGCGACAGCGUCGCGGAGGCAUACCGUGUCCGCUGCAUGCGCGCUGGCGCCGCGUCGUUCGAAGGGGAACGUCGAAAGGGUUUGAAGCGCGUCGAUUUCUUGGUCGGGCACACCAAGUUCCUUGGGUUUGUCCCCACC